CAGCAACCUCCACGUGGUGAGACCUGGGCACUCGGUAUUGCUUACGUAAAAUGAUAUCUGUAAUAUUAUCUGUAUAAUUGUAUAACGUAAGCACUAGCGAGCUAAUGGCUGCAUUUAGAUUCUUGUUUUUCUUUUUUCUUUCUUUUGAAUGAUUCAAACUUCUAAAAAUGUAACGAGAAAAUUUGUAAUAUACUUCAUCGUUAUUAUUUAAUCAUUAUUAAUAUUAUUAUCAACGUUUUAGUGCAGAUCCAGCAUCGAUAAGGUAGAAAACUACUAUCGGAAGAGGGCUCUAGUGAAUCGAACGGAUUCGCCCUUCAAGAGAGCCAUCUUAUUUGUCAUCGUAACUCGUCUGAUUUUCUCAGGAAGUCUCGUUGAAAUAAUUUUAAUUUUUCUUUUUCAAAACAUUUAUUAGAAAAUUUAAUAUGAUAAUAAUGAUAUAUACAUGUCGGUGAGAUCGAACGAUGAAAAUUAGAAAAAGGAUAUAAAAAAUGUAACCUAUUACGGUUAAUAACAUUAUUUGGUUAGAAGUUUUCUUUCAGGUGAAAUCACGACACUAGAGAACAAAAGAAGAAGAAGAAAAGAAGAAGAGGAGGAAAAAGAAGAAGAAAAAAGAAAAAGUAAAAGAAAAAAAAAAAGAAAGAUCAUCGUCCGAUGAAGAAGAAAAGUAAGUAUGGAGGACGUCCUCCUCAAGGUUACAGGGUAAAAUCGCAUCGAGGCGUGGUUGAGUCGCUAGAAAUGUCACUAGGCCGUGAAGUCACCAUACGUUUAGCUAUCAUGCUGCCCGUUCGCAGGAGCAGGUGCUUUUCUCUACAGGUGUUCAGUCGAUCGUAGACGCGCGCAGUGUUGUGCGUUGCGCUCUUCCUCUUGGAAGCAAAAAUUUGGUGCUUACGUUAAUUUCGUUAGUCCGUUCGUUUAGUUAGAGGCAGCUCGUCGCAAGUUUACCCUCUUUGUGAUAUUGAAAUUUGUUUUUUAACUAACAACUUAGAGAGAGGCAGAGAGAGAGAGAGAGAGAGAGAGAGAGAGAGAGAAAGAAAGAGGAAUAGAGAGAAAGAGAGAGAGAGAGAGAGGGAGAGAGAGAGAGAGAGUAAAGAACUAUCUCCUAUAGAUGAAUAUAAUAGAUAGAUAGAUAGAUAUAUAGAUAGAUAGAAAGAGAAGGUAUAUAGGAACGUAGCAGGAGGUAAAACGCUGCGCACAGUAGCGUCGAAAUCGAAAUAACGCGAUAAUGAGGCGAUCGAGGCGCGACGACGUGGCCGAUUUGGUCUAUCGAGAAAGUUGCGAUCGUCGAUGGUGAAUCUUAGCUCCUCCUUCGUCGAGAGGAGGACGAAUUUACGUAACGAAGCGAACGGAAGAGGAGAGUUCAAAGAAGAGGAGGGCACCAUGUAUCGUGGCUGGAUAUUAUGCUAAUCGCGUUACGGUCAGAAUGCGGGAGGAAGAACUCGAGUUAUCGCUCAAGGUGGUGAUAGUUGGUAAUGGCGCUGUGGGAAAAUCUUCAAUGAUUCAGAGGUUCUGCAAGGGUACUUACACGAGGGAUUAUAAGAAGACUAUUGGCGUUGAUUUUCUCGAGCGAGAAAUAGAGGUAGAUGGCGAAGACGUGAGAUUGAUGCUAUGGGACACAGCGGGUCAGGAAGAGUUCGACGCCAUAACGGCGGCUUAUUAUCGCGGUGCACAUGCUUGCGUACUUGCUUAUUCUGCUACCGAUAGAAAUUCUUUCGAUGCUAUUCCUUCGUGGAAAUUAAAGGUAGAAAAUGAAUGCGGCGAAAUACCGACGGUACUCGUACAGAACAAAAUGGAUUUGGUCGAUCAAUGCGUCAUUGGUUUGGACGAAGCUGAGAGGCUUGGCCGUGCUCUUGGAUGUAAACUCUUGCGAACAUCCGUGAAGGAAGACGUCGGUGUUAUGAGCGUAUUCCGACAUUUAGCUUCGCGAUGUUUGCACGAGAUGCGUAGGAACGAUAACGAUUAUCAGGACGAUUUAAGGUUGUAUUCUACUGGACCAAGAUCUCCUUCCGUUAUAAGUGCCUUUAGUCCAAACGGAUCAACCUGUUGUCGUAACAGCGGAAACGGGACGAUUGUUUUAAGGUCAGGAGGUAAAACGAGGAAUCACAAAAAAAAGAAUUUCGUAAAGAGCGCCUGCAGAUUACUCUAAUCAAAGAAAUAUUAAUCUAGUAAAGCACCUAGCAAGUUGAUCGAUUUAGAGUGGCAACGUGCAACAUAGUGUUUAUAUGUAACUUAUCGAUUAUGUCUAAGUCUUUGUAGUAGCUCCUCUCUGUCUUUAUUUUUUAAAGAAAAAUUCCGUCCAGUGCGAGUUACGAAGAAUUUGAUGUUCGUGCGUGUGCGUGUGCGUUCGUGCGUGUGUGUAUGUGUAAACACUCGUUUACAAAAAAAAAAAAGAAAAAUUAAGAGAGAGAGAGAGAAAGAGAGAAAAUUAGGAAAAAAAAUAUGUACGAUGAAAAUUUAAUAGUGCAAGACAAUGUAUGGUACGAACUUAUUUGUAAAUAAUUUUUCAUUUGCAUAUGAAAAGACGAGAAUUUCGUAGAAAUAUUUUUACGAUUUUUCACGUAUGAUUUAUAUAAUUAAUUUCUUUUUUAACAAUCGAUGGGUUAAUAGUUAAUACGUCGGAACAUAUCGAAACGAUAUAAAUUCAGGUAAAAUAGUUAGACAUAUACGUAUAAAUGAUUAUAGAGCGAAUAUUUAUUGCAGUUUUAUAAAUCGAAUGUUAUAUUUAUAUAUUCAAUCCUUUUUUUGAAAAAUUUUCUUUUUUUUUUCUUUUUCAUUCCGGAAACUUUCCAAAUCGAAUUACAUAUUUUUACUUUAUAUAUAUAUAUAUAUAUAUAUAUAUAUAUAUACACACACAUAUAUAUGUAUAUAUAUAUAUAUAUGUAUAUAUACACAUAAUAUAUGUAUUUAAUACGUUUUGUAUAUAUAUUUUUACCAUUUUUUUUUAGCGCAAAUUCGACAUUAUAUACUUUCUUGUUAAUAUUGUCGAACGAACGUUUAGAAUAGACCAAAACUAAAUAUAUAUUGCAGACACCUAUUUAUACAUAGCCCGUAUAAGGGAAGAUUGUUUGACGAAUCGAAAUGUUAAACUUUAUGAUAAGUAUUUGUUAAUGUAUGGGAGUAGGAAAAAAAUAAAUUGAGUCGGCUAUUUUCAGUUGGUAUUUUUUUUCUUUUUUCUUUUUUUUUAUUUAUAUAAAUUACUUUUGUAAUUUUGUUUAACGAGGAGAAGAACGUUUCGAUUCGAAGAUCGAGCCAAAUCGAAAGCUAAAGAAAAUUCAAGCUGGAAAACGAUCUCAUUUAGUAACCAUUUAUCUAGUAUAUACAAAUUUCUCUAAUUAAUAUUUAAAUUCAUUCACCCACGCACACAUACACAGAUACUUUAGUUCGUUAAGACAAUCCUGACGCAACUCGAACCAUAAAAUAUAUUUAAAGUACAUCGUCAA